UGCAGCUGGAAAAUAUCAUCAUGAACAAGACUGAUACAUGCUUGGAAGGUUUGCCUGGAAGGUACCUCCACUUCUGUAGCUUCCGCCUUCCGGCACCUGGGCAUUACGCAAAGGCCCACUUGUACCUCAACCUGACGAUUUGCAAGAUGCCUUUUCCCCAUCCUGCACCUUCUCUCCGCAUCUUCACCAAAUACUCUUCUCUUCUCUUCAUAUCGACCCAAGAUUUUCCUACUACCCACGCCAGCCGGAUCGACCUGCACUCGACCUUGGACUGCUUCCUAAGCUUCAUCGACUACCUUCGAUAUUUCUUUGCCGAACACGCGUGUGCCUACUUUUCAGCCAUCACACCCCAUAUUUCUCUCACCGACAAAAACAACUACGUCAUACCCUUUCCGGGUGAAAAUUUCUUUCCGAGUUAUCCUAGGGCUGUUACGACCAGAGCCCGCGAAGCUCCAACUUUCGAGAAGCUGAUCACCACCACCGCUUAG